AUGCUGUGUCGAAUACUCGCAUGCCUGCUGGCCAUCUCGCCGCUGGCAACGAGCCAGUUUACCAGCCCGGCGGCGGGAGCGGUCCUGGUAGCCGGCGACAAGGUGAACGUUUCGUACACGACGGAUCUGAAGAAUUAUACAAUCGCACUGUGGCAACGCGCUGAGAAUGGAAAUCGUCCGAAACUCGGGUCCAUUGUCUACGCCACCACGGACGGCCCGUCGUCCAGCUUCACCUGGACGGUGCAAACGUACAACCUGGACCUCGGGGCCUCCCGGACCUUCUUCUUCUGGCUCUUCGAGGGCGGCGCGUCGCACCAGGGAAACGACCUGCACCAGAUAUCCUCGAGCUACUUCAACGUCACCGACAAGGGCGCCACGUCGUCCGUCUCGGCGGCAGAGUCGGCCUCGACCGCGCCGGCACCCUCGCCGACCCCGGCUUCGUCCCCCCCCGAGAAGGACCUGUCGGUGGGUGCCCGGGCUGGGAUCGGCGCCGCCGUCAGCGUCUUCUGCUUGAUCGCCAUGGCGCUGGUGUUCCUCCUCUUCCGGCACCGAUCAAGGGAGCGGCCCGGUGCUGAUGGCGAGGCCUUGGCAAGCAGCGCCGGCGUCCGGUGCCCGGCCACCGACUGCACGGAUAGUGUUGCCGAGCUGCAGUCGGACUGUGUCUCGCCUCGAGCCACGCAGAAGCUUCCGUGUCGUGUUUACCAGCCGGUUCCUGGGGAUACUAGUACUCGCCCUCCUCCGCUGGCAGAACUGCCAGCAUGA